AUGGCUAAAUUGAAGAACCAUUUUGGAGAAGAGAAUGGUCUAGUAGAACCAAGCCCCCACGCCCACCCGCCUGAUGGAAUCUACGUAGCCAGGACCCUAGUUCAGGACUUUCAAGAAGUACCACCAGGAGAGAAAUUCAUUGUGGACACAGAUGCAAGUAACGUCGGAAUUGGAGUUCUCUCUCAAGUACAGGACGGACAAGAGCGUGUCACAGCUUACUUCAGCAAGACGCUGAACAAAGUAGAGAGAAAUUACUGCGUAUCACGACCAGAACUGCUUGCCAUAGUGAGGACACUGGAACAUUUCCACAAGUACCUCUACGGACAACAGUUCAAUCUGCGAACCGACCACUCUGCGUUUACCUGGCUUAUGAGUUUCAAGAAUUUGGAAGGACAAACUGCGCGCUGGAUACAGCGUCUACAGGAGUACAACUUUACUUCUGAGCAUCGUCAAGGCUGGAGACGUAACAACGCCGACGCCCUUUCUAGACGAGUCUGCAAAGAGCAAUUUGCGCACUGCGACAAAUUUGAGACACGGGCAGAUGUAAAGCAAAUACGCGCAAUUGGAACCCUACCGGCAGCCGGCUGGGACCCGGUUACCCUAAGAGAUGAACAGCUAAAAGACCCAGACAUAUGGCAUAUUCUACAGGAAUUAGAAAACGGCCAAAGACCGAAACGGCAGGACAUUGCGGAUUGGAGUCCCACGGACAAAAGCUACUGGGCCCAGUGGAAAUCGCUCUCUGUGAGAAACGGCGUACUAGAGCGCGACUGGGAAUUCGCCAACGGAAGACAUCAAACAGCCCAGAUAAUUAUUCCUCGGAGCAGGGUGAAGGACGUUCUGAGCGAACUACACGGUGGACCGUCAGGAGGUCACUUCGGUGUCAACAAAACUCAAUAA